ACUUACGAGGGAACCGUCACAGGUGUCCCCUUCCGAUUCCAAUGAUUUGUACAUGAAUCGAUAGACCUCAGUGAGGUAGUAAAUACCCUAAAAGGAUUUGUGCUCUUGACUCUUGAAGAUCCAGUUUUCUGGAAAAUCAGUUUUUCAGAACCUCUAAAAAAUGAUCAAAACCUUUUCAUAGUAAGACCUGGUUGUAGUCCGCAAAUUUCUGAUUAAAAUGAGACAUCUCCCAGCUGUACAUGACCUUUCUUUGCAAAGUUAUAGAGUUUACAAGAAAAGCCCUAAAGUCAUUUUUCUUUUUUCUUUCUUUAGCUCUGUGGUAUCAAUAAACAUUUAGGGCUUUUGUGGUAAAUUCUAUGACUUUGCAAAGAAAGGUCGUGUACAGCUGGGAGAUGUCUCAUUUUACUCAGAUCAGUUAGAAUUGCACCUCAUUAAGAAAGCUUUUAGUUAUUCUUUAGAGUUUCUGGAAAACUCAGUCUAUCAAGGCCUAGCAGCAAAAACGGUUGUCAUAUUCGGAUUCAGCGCAUCCGAUUACCUAUUGUCCAGUGAGUCUUAGCCUAAAAGCGAUUAGACAGUUGGUGUCCUUUCCUCGUAAGGCUGAAAUUUUGCAUAUAAUCCUAAAUAUGUUUAAGCAUUAUGGUACAAUUGUUUCGCUCAAAGUUCGUCUUUUAAGAGAGCCGGGCGAAAAAACUUUUGUAGUGCCCUAUGUAAUUUUGUUACCCAAAAUUUGUCGGCUCGUCGGAUUUUAUACGCUCCUAUGUGAUCCGUGAUCGAAUUGAUGGACCGGGGCACGACAAAUCCCACAUGCACUAAUCCAUUCUCUUCACAUCCACCCACCUGUACCUUCAAUGUUGAGUCCGAAUAUGAAAUUCUUUUUGAGAAAUAUUGUGAAUAAAAAAGAAUUGGCCUUAUCGAUACUUGUUCUUUGUCAAAAAAACUCAAACUUUUUUUUGAUACUACUUCCAUUUUAUUUAGAUGAAAACAUUAAUACCAUAGCUCAUUUACGUACAAUUACCAAUGAUGCUUGGGAAAAAUUAAGUAGACUAACACAUGUUGUAAAACAGUUGAUACGUGAUUAUUUACAAUUAAAUACAGGUUCAAAUAUAUUUAAUCAGGGCAAUAUUGAUCCAUACAAAGAAUCCAAAGCAACAUUGUUUGGUGAUAUUCAUCGUGUUCGACGUUAUUUUUAUUAUGUAACAAAACAUUUACAUUUAACAUCGUAUUUAGAUCGUCGUGCAGUUGAUUUAGCAAUUGACGAAGUACGUAAAACAUAUGAUGAUGAUGGAAAUGUUUUAAUUAACAUACAAAAUUAUCUUCAUACAUUUUGUUUGCAAAAUAUGAUGGAUAAUGCAAUUACUUUACAACAAAAACGUCAAGAAUGGACCAAUGAAUUAAGUCAAUUAUAUUCUGAUACACAAACAUUACAAUUAGAAGUUAAUAAGCAUCAAUCUAGAUUACAUGCUGCUAAAGAAGCUUUUAAAUACUCUGAAACACAUUAUCAAAUUAUAAUAGAUAAAGAAAAAGAUGUUAAAGAAAAAGUAAAUGCUAAAUUAAAUAAAGUUUAUAAUCUUAAUAAUACUUCAUAUUCAAAUUCAAAUUGGAUAACCGAUAUUGAAGAUGGAAAUAAUAUGAAAUUAAUAUAUCAAGAGGAAAAGAAAAAUGCUGAACGUGCAUUAGAAAAAAGUCGAAUUGAAUUAAAAAAACAAAAUGAUAUUGAUUUGGACUUAAAAACAAAAAUUGAAAAUAAUAAAUCUCAAAUAAAAUGUUUAGAAAAAUUUUUAAAAUUGAAUUUAGAGGAAGAGCAUAAAAAAUUAAUGGUUAAGUAUGGUCGCGGUCUUCUACUUUAUGGACCACCUGGCACAGGAAAAUCUGAAUUACUUAAACGAGUUGCUAUAUAUGCUGGAAUAACAAUGGUAACACAACCAUUAGCUGCUGGUGAACUUAAUCGUCCAUAUGUUGGUGAAACAGAAAAGUUAUUAAUCGAUAUAAUGUAUCGUGGUAAUACUAUUCCCUAUUUGAUAUGUGCUAUGACAAUUGAUGAAAUUGAUGGUCUUGUACCAAAACGUGAUAAUAAUGCUCAACAAUCAAAAGUAGAUGGUAUAAGUGUAUUAUUAUCUCAUAUUGAAGGUGUUAAAAAUAUUCCAAAUUUAAUUGUAUUUGGUGCAACAAAUCGUCGUAAUAUGAUGGAUGAAGCAUUUCUUCGUCGUAUGCAAGCCAAAGUGUUUGUUGGCCGGCCAUCACCAAAAAUACGAGAAAAAAUGUUACAACCAUUAGUAACUAAAGAUUCGAAAGCAUUUACAGCAAAAUGUAUUGAAUUUUUAGUUAAAAUCACGACUAAUUUUAGCGGUGCAGCAGUUGGUGCAUUGAAAUCAAGUAUUAUUGUUGCAAUGGAUAGUGAUCCAAAUAUAAGUGAUUCGACAUUGUUAAUAUUAGCUGAUGUAGCUGCACGAGAAUUUAAUAUUUGGUUUGGUAUUAGUACAUUACCAGAAAUUUGUCGUUUAAAUCCACUUAUUUUUGGUUCUCAGCAACAAGAUAAUUAUUCGCUAGCUUUACCAAAUCUAUUACCUACUGGACGAAUUCUAGUUGAUUAUCAAGAUCGUAAAUGUCUUAUCGAAAUACAAAACGAUGUAACAAUAGAAAAAAAUUUAGAUAAACAUGAAACAUCAGUUCCAUCAUUAUUGGCACGUUUUGUUCAUGGCUGUUCAAGUCGAAAUAUUGAUACAAUUCAAAUAAUUGAUUUAAAUUUUUUGACAAAACAAAAUGCAUUUGAUGAAAAUCAAAUAUUUGAAUUAUUAACUACAACAUUUUUAGAAUGUAAUGAAUAUAAUCGUUCAGUACUUAUAUUUGAUAUCGAUUCAUUAAUUAUGUUAAGUAUAUCAGAUUCAAAAAUGUCACAAUCAAAAUCAAUAUCAAAUAUACGUUUGUAUCAAUUUAUAAGAGAAAAAUGUAAAACAGCUAUUGUUGAACAAAAAUCAAGUAAUGUUAAUGCUCCAGUUGUUGAAAAAUGGAUUGUAAUGAUUGUCAAAGACCCAUUAUUAAAAGGUUUACUUAUUGAUGAUAUUGAAUUUAAAGAAACAAGUUUUCAAUUAAAACAAAAACAAGAUGAAGAAGAAAAACGUAAAGAUGAUGAAACAGUUAAAAAAUGUCCAAAAUGUUUACAAAAUUAUAUACCAGCUAAAUCAAAUUAUGGUGAUUGUUGUUAUCAUGAUGGUUUUGUUUAUGAUUUAGAUGCACAACAACGAUUAACUAGUGAUCAAGCUCGAGAAAAAAUACAACAAAUAAAAUUAUUAAAUAAAAAACAAUCACAAGUACAUUCUGCUAUAAAACAUGAAGUAAAUUUUAUAUGGUCAUGUUGUUUAGCAUUAGAUGACGAUCAACAAGCAGCAUCUGGAUGUCAACGAGGUGCACAUGGUUUACCAGACGAAUUAAAAGAUGUAGAUUUAACAAAUAAAGAUUCAAUUGCAAUUGUACAAGAACAUUUUAUGAAAAAUCAAGUAGCAUCGAAAAAACUAAACAAUUUUUUACAAAAUCAAAAACAACAACCCAUCAUUAAACUGCCAAUCGGAGCUGCCGUUGGAAACAAGUUCAGUAGUAGUAGUAAUCUCACAAAUUUAAAACAUUAA